GAUGAUGUUUGGGAUUACUUUUAACUUUUAGUAGGUUAAUAAGUCCUUUUGAGCUCAAAAGUCCUUUUUGAGAAGGAAUCCCAAACACCCACUAUAUAUAUCAGCCCUACGCCCUUUUCUACUCUGAUCGCAGCAAUUAAUUCGCAAACGAUCGUGAUUUCGAGAUUCUUGGUGGUUAUAUCCCACUUCUUGUGUGGGAUUAGGUGUAAGUUUUGCAAUGGAUGACCUUCUGAGAGCAAUUAAGGCAACAAAGGAUAUUAAAGAUGACAUUCCAUCUCAAAUAGAAGAGGGUCUUUAUUUGGGUUCAGUUGAAGCUGCCAAUAACAAGACCCUUUUGAAAAGUCUGAACAUCACUCACAUUUUAACCGUUGCCUCAUCAGUUCCACCCGCAUACCCGAAUGAUUUCACUUACAAAACUUUUGAUUUACACGACAGAGGAGACAUAAAUAUUGCACAGUUCUUUGAUGACUGUUUUGGUUUCAUUAGUGAAGCUAAAAGAACGGGCAACGUGUUGGUUCAUUGCUUCGCAGGAAGAUCUAGAAGUGUGACUGUUGUUGUGGCCUAUUUGAUGAAGACGCAUGGCAUGAGCUCGUAUGAAGCCCUGAACCUCGUGAAAAGGAAACGAAGCGUGGCUGCUCCCAACGCUGGUUUCAUAUUGCAGCUGCAAAGUUAUGAGAAAUCCCUUCCAGUCAAAUUGUCGGCUUUUAGAAAUGGGAACGUGCACAGAUUCUUGGUAGCAAUUUGCCUUUGGAUCUUGACUCCGCUUCAAUUGAUCUGGUUGAAGAUGAAGAUGCAUUUAAAAUCUGGUUGAAGAUGGCGAUGAGUUUGAAAAUUGAUUUGGUUGAAGAUGACAAUUAGUUCGAAGUUUGUAGUUAGCUUAGCAACUUAUGAGAUGUUUACUUGGAUUCUUGUCAUGUUGUGUACUUGGGUUUUUGACUUUAACGUUUCACCAUUAGGGUUCUUAACCGAGUAAUCGAGUAUCAACAACGUAACAAAGACUA